ACAGCGCGCAUCAUGGCAGCUACGCACGGCGAGUACAGAGGCUACCUGCGGAACACCGUGGACAUGGAGUCCGGGCAGCACCGCUUCCACCCGGGGCAGAGCUCGGAGCCCACCUACCGGCCGCUGCUGUUCGGGACCCUGGCUGUCAUGGGGCUGCUCCAGGUGGCGUCCAGCGUGGCGAUCUUAUUGCACCUGACCGGGUACCUGCAAGAGGUGGAUUUGUCCACGGCUCCACAUCGUCCCAUCGAGGAGGUGCAGACGGAGCCGGUGCUGAACGCUCUGAGAGACACGAGGAAAAAAGGACGCUGCAAAACCCCCAAGGAGAGUCUCCCCUCGGCUCACCUGCCGAUCAGGACGUACCAGGAGUACUCCAAGAAGAGCGAACAGGCCAUCACCAUCGACUGGGACGAGGAGCACGGCUACUGCCACAAGAUGAGCUACCAGAAGGGCAAGCUGCUGGUGAAGGAGCUCGGCUUCUACUACGUCUACGCCAAGACCUGCUUCCGCUACUACAAGCUGGCGCCGGAGGACAGCGGCGUCCCGCCCGGCGGCCCGGACGUCCGGAACACGCAGCUCAUCCAGUACGUGUACCGAGAGAGCAUCAAGCAGAACAGCAAGGCCAUCAUGCUGAUGAAGACGGGCAGCACCGUGCGCCUCAACAGCACGAGCUACAACAUGUACUGCGCCCAGCAGGGCCGCGGCGUGCGGCUGGAGGAGGGGGACACCCUGUUUGUCAACGUGUCCAACGCCUGGAUGCUGGACCUGGAGGGAGAGGGGACGUACUUUGGGGCCAUCAAGCUGGGUAACUCCAACUGAGGAAGAGACGUGAGGAGCGGACGUGCUACUGAACAUUCCAUAUGCCAAAGAACCACUGUUAGUGAUUUACAAUGUGCAAAGAGUGUGUGUUGUUUUUAUUGUACAUGUGUUAUUGUUGUUUUUCAUUUGCUCUUCACCAAUUAGCCGUGGAUUCCUUCAUGAGAACAUCUAAUGGAAACGUAAUCACCUCUUAGAACCCGUCUUGCCACUUAGCCCCCCCCACCCCCACUCUCCCAGAAACGAAGACCUUCAUCCCCAAAAACACAGCACUGGACUUUUCUUUUCUCUUUAUUGUUUUGAGAGUUUUUGUUUUUUUUUACAGUUGUGCGGUUUGUAUUGAGACAUCUCAGUGCAGAUUACAACAUGUUUGUGCACUAAUUAAACAAACCACAGGGGAGCGAGCGAGGAAGUGAAGUGUGUUGGCAGGAGAAGUGCAGUGAGAAAGGAUUUAUCAGUGUUUAUUGUUGGAAGAAGAACAUUUGUAGCUGAUGGAGCAUCUGCUUGUACUUAGCAGAUUAUCACAGGAUAGAAAUAACACAACUUCCAGAGGCCUGUGUCCGACCCGCGGCAGCAGAGACACUGAGAGGUUCUGUACACGUGAGCAAGGCAGCGAGGCGUGACUCAGCAGCAGUUAGACGCUGGUUCAACUUCCAAACACUCCGGAUUCCCCCGACGUCCAGGUGGGGGCGCUAUAACGGAGAGGUUUGGAAACGCAGCUGGUUUUAGUCUGGAUGAGCAGAAACUGAGACGAUGGGUCUUUUCUGUCAAGUCGUAGCCGUCGCUGAUUCGCCCGGCUCCUGUCACAUGACCAUCACGUGUACAACACAACAUGGAGAAUCAAUCACAGGCGUUAAACAGUGUAUUCUACCAUGAUGCAACAGUUUUCAGGUGUUUUCAGUGUGGACGCGGAUUAAAACUGAUUUAGAGACGAAACGCUCGUCGUGUGGAUGAGGCCUUCGACUCUGACAUCGUUUUUUUUUUAAAGCAACACAAUCAGUUUAACAAGAAGAAAGUUGUGUGUUUGUCUGUCUGUCUGUGUGUGUGUUUGUGUGCGUGCUCCAGAGAGUUUUCUGUCUCUAAUGAAAUCUAACGAGUGGCCUGUUCCUUUCAAGUCAUUUUGAACUAAGGAGGAAAUGACACGUGUGUGUUGUGUUGUGUUGUGUGUUGUGUGUUGUGUUUGUGACGAUCACCACGCGAUGCAGGCAGCUGGCCUGUCUGACCACAGCUGACAUGAAUAGACUCUUCACCAGAGGAACCGAGUUGACUUUGGUUCAUCGUUAACUUAAAAUUCUGUUUUUCGUUUGGCUCUUCACGGAGGUAAAUGGGAAUAUGCACUAAAUAUUUAUUUAUUAGCUCUAGAAGAACAGCGACGGCUCAUUGGUACAGUGACGCCGCGACUGCAGAAAUCAUCUAUAUUUUAUGACAUCCAUUACGCAGCACUUAGAGGAAAUAGUAGACACGCUUUUUCUUAUUAAAACACAGGGGCUUCAUUUUAAAUUCCAUAUUUAUGUAUCUUAAUUUUUGACAAUUCUGUGUGCACUCGCCUAGCCAAAAGCAAUAUGUAAGGAUAUGUUGCUUCUUCUACGAGAUUGUAGCAAACCUGUAAGACCUUCAUCUGAUUAUUGUUUUUUCCAUUCAGUGUUCAUUUUUUAUUUAUGUGUGUGUACGUUCUAAUAAAAACAAAACUACUUUUGUAA